AUGUCGGAACGGAUGGCAACCACCCCUUGUGACAUCUACGAUGAUUCAGAUACAGACGAUAAGACAAAUAAACGGCUCCUGAAAAUGAGCUUGAGGGUAUUGGAGACUUGGUUUGAGGAUCAUUCAAAGGCUCCUUACUUGGAUAAAUUAUCACUACAAAGAUUAACUGAAUCUACAAAUCUUCUGAAAUUGCAGAUACAGAACUGGUAUGUUUGGAUCCACUAUCGACACUAUCGAGCAGAGCGAGAUAGUGGAAACACUAGCUCCAUGAACAGUAUUGACACUACUCGCUGCUAG